AUGUCUUUUACUCAAACUGAUGACAUGAGAGCUGCCAAGGAUCAAUUACUGAAAGAACUUAUUAGGAAUUCGCCAAAAAAAUAUAAAGCUGUCAUCAUUUCGACAGAAGAUUACGAUAAAUUAGACGCUAACGAAUCUGAAGUAUUACCCGAAUCACCAAAGAGAGAUAACAUGAGUCAAAACAUAUUGAAGCAUCAUUCUCAUCCUAAACAUCAUCAUCAUAGUUCACCAAAAGAAAACUCACGCGUAAUUUGUAGUCGUUGCGCACGCGAACUAUCAAGAGACCAUGUAUCUCGUAUAAACAAGACUCCAAGACAUCAUCACAGAUGUUACGCCCCUCCAAAAUAUUCUCAAACGGAUCCAAAAAUCCAACAAUUAAUUGAGCGCAGAAUUCAAAAGGCAAGAAUGCAACAAGCCAUGGAGCAGCGUAGACUUGAAGCUGAAGCAAUUGCAAGAGCUCGGGCGCAAUAUGAAUUUGAAAGAAAACAAAAAGUACAAACUAUCCUUGAAGAAGUCAGAAUGAGGAAAGAGCUUGAGAAAAUGAAUCAAGAAGAUGAAAUGGAAGGAGAUUAUUCUGAUUAUUAUGAUGAAAACAAUGAUUAUUCCGAUUAUGCAUAUUCUGACAAUGAAGAAAACGAGGAUGAUGAUGGAGUUGUUGAAAGUUUACAGAAGAUUGCUGAAAACCUUCAAAAAGCUUCUCAGCAACUCACAAACAUUGUUUCCAACAGCAUGUCUCCAAAAAAAGGUUCUCCUGCUCGUAAAAGUAAUUAUUAG